AUGGCGCUAUGGAAACCGCCGAAGAAAGGUGGGAACGAUGGGCACCUUCAGCACGUUGUGGAUCUUGCUGCGAGGAUAUGCACAUUGCUGAAAGAUCGGCUACAACCCCUACCAGACAUCGAGCAGGAAGUAGAAACCACCAUCAAGCGAUCCUUUCCGCUACCCAGGAGCACGAUAUCACCUGGGAAAGCCAACGAGCUCGAUCGUCUGGGCAGUCAGCUAUGGAACGCUACCACCAAUCUGUGCAGAGCAAAUGAGGAUGAGCGUGACGCAAGCAUAGCGCUGCCUACGCGCCGGCGCGUGAUCGUAGUAUUUCGUGUGUUCGGCUACCUUCUCAUCGACGCAGCGCACAACGUCGUGCCACCACGCGGGAAAGAUUUCGAGCAGCAUGUGCGGACGUUCAAGGUCGCCCUUAAAGCCUGCCGCUCUUGCCUUGAAACCUCAGAACUCGGGCUGGCGCAAGGCGUUCUAGAAAAGUGCUCUGCAUAUGCGACUGCCGCUGUCGAAGACGUCCCGACGAUAGGCGUUACCAAUGACAAGGAGGCCGACACUGAGUACCACAAUACGCUUAAUGUCCUGGUCGUUGAAUAUUACCUACUCCGCAUGACGCAUGCCUGGAAGUCCGACCGUUUCGACCUUGCCGAUCACUUCUUCGUCAAGGUCAGCCAAGCCACACUUGCAACGUGCGCGUCUUUGACGGAGAAGGCGGCCGACCUCUUCCACCGAGCAUCACGUUCUCUGGUGAAGCAGAAGCGGUGGGAUGCAGCUAUCCAGUGGUGCGAGCGCGCCAUUCAAUCGCUCAAUAGCUGUGAAAUGGAGGAGCUAAGCUUCAACGUCCCAGAAUUACGCCUGGCGAUCACGGUGACCUACGUGGAAGCUCUGCUUGCCAGUCACGUCAGCGAUGCUCAGUCGCGUGCUGCUGGGCUCGUUGAACAGCUCGAAAACGCAUACGGCAUGAGCAACCGCUUGACGGUCGCGCUGUUGCGCUUCCGGAUUCUGACCGCGAUCAGACCGGUUGACUCGGACGAGCUACAGAGCACGCUCUCGCACAUCAUCCGGGUAGUCCUGUUGACUGAGAAGACUUUCAGGAUGGUAAUGCAGACACUUCACGAAGCGAGACAUGAUAGCACUCAGUGUGCACUGGCUGCGCUGCAACAGCUGAUCGUAUCGAGGCUGCUUGUAAAUAUUGCACCGGAUGGCAACGAUGACGAGAUGGCUUGCGAGUGGCUUGAGAGAGCUACGGUGACAUACGUCCUUUUCGCGACGACCCUGCCGGAGCAGGCAUCCAAUCCACUCACAAACAGCAUGCUUCCGCUUUUCGAUACGAUAUUCAAUCGCACAAAGCGCUCAUUCUCGCCAGAAGCCACACACACGGCACAGACUCUGCUCUGGAAGAAGGCUAAUAUCGUUAGUGGUGAUGACAUAGGUGUAAUUUGCAGGCUUCUAAGUCACUCGUUGUUCGAUAGCGCUGGUCAGGUCAACAAGGCCAGAAUCGGGAGAAAGGCCAUUUCUGCAGCCUUAGCACGGAAUGACGCCAAUGCUGCACGCGAAGCUUUCUUCCAGCUGCCCGCCGCCCUUCAAUGUGAGAGCCUCACCCGCUUCUUGCUAUUUAAAGCCGCUCUUCUUGAUGGGGACCACGAGCUUGCCUACGAGUGCCUGGACAUCAUCACGAAGCACGCAGAUAGAGACCCAUCAUGCCUCUAUGCGUGUGUUCUGGCGGCGCAGCAAUCAAAUAUGCGCCGCCUGGCUGUGGCGGCAAUGCAGCGACUUAUUGGCAAGCAGCCAACUGGUGUGCACCUACCUUCACUGCUGCGGUGCACAGCGCGAUUACUGAUCGGCGAGAUCGAGGCACAACAGCAGCUAAGCGAUGGAACGAUGGAAGAGAUCGUUACACUUUUCGAGCGAGCUUCGCAGUCACGGGAUGUCUUCCACAACGUUAUCGACGAGCAGUGGCGAAGUGAGAUUCAAUGGUGGAGCAAGAACGCCUUCAAUUUCGCGCUACGAUUCUGCGCAGACAUGCAUCCCGAGCAUCUUGUCCGUUUACUGGCCGUAUGCACGGCGCUCAUGGCAGAACAUCCAACCGACGACGGCAUCAUGCAUCGCGAUCACUUCGUAAAUCGCAAGCUGCUUUGUAACUUUCUCGCAAGCAGCGCGCUGAUUGUACUGGCGCGAGCAAACGAUGAUGGAUCGGAGUACGGAAUGCAAUGUUACCUACGAGCUCGCGGCGAAAUUACAGACUUCCGGUCAAGUGCAGAGACGGCGCUCAAGCAGCGCUCUUCCAAGCACGGCGACAACGACGUCACAACAAGACGACUUUUCGAGCUGCUCAAGUUCGACCUGGAAUGCAUCCUAAAGCUUCAGCUGUGGGAUGAGCUCGACGAGGCCGUCCGGUACUUCUUGUCUUUCGAAGGCACCAACCGCUGGGAUACGCUCACCGAUCUUGUACUAAUCUCUCACGAUCGCGCCACCGCUGCUGGCGUAAAUGCAGCAGCAACUGCGCGCAUCCCACAACUUCUGCAGAAGUGCAUUAAUGAGACCUGGAAGCAGGACAAAGACAUCACGAAAAUGGCCCGCUGGCUGCGCCUCACGUUUGGGACUCAUGCAAAAGACGAAGAGUGCGACUUUGCAUUAAAGAUCGUGCAACAAGCGGCUGCCGUCGCCAAGAAGGGUGAUGACGGCGAGACGGAGCGCUACCCCGAUGACGAGCUCCAGUGGCUCGCGACGACGGCGUUCAACAAGGCAGUCGACUGGCUGCACGCCCGACAUGUGGAAGCCGCUGAGCCAUGGAUCACGGCUGCGCUGGAGUUGGCGAGAUAUGCCGACGACAACGGUGCGCUGCAUGCAACUCUGACACACAAGCGAGAACUUGCCAAAAAGAGGGCGCGCAAUGCAGCAGCCUCACCGGUGUGA